GUCCGCUGUCGCUCUGGAUUCCCGGAUGGAACUGUCAUGGCGGCUGUUAGUGACCUGCAAAGCGAAAAAGAAAAGGAAGGUUAAUUAUGGAAUGGAGCAGAACAACAACAUCAGAAGAUGAAGACCAUGUAUUGAUUUGUCUGACUCAAGGAACAAAUGAUGUUGAGGGGCCUGAGGUGAAUUUAAGUAUGCAUCCAGUUUUGCAAUCACUUGCUACAGAUCAAGCUGAGCGGUCUAUUGUAUCCCAGACAGCAAGGAAAUCAUUUAAGAACCUAUUUAAUAACGAGAGCAUGGAUGUUAGUGAAAUACAACCAGUGCAUCCAAGAACCCCAGAAAAAGCAGUGCUUUCUGCAAAAGUACUCCAGUUCAGAUGUAGUGAAUGUGAAGGGAAUACUUUGUUCAGUCCAAAUGACUUAAUGAAGCAUUAUAAAUCAAACCAUUAUGGAUUUCUGCCUAUAUAUCCAUGCAAUUUGUGCAGCUUCUCGGCCAAUGAUUUCCAGAUUCUUCAACAGCAUCGGCUGAUUCACCGCAACACACUAGUAAAGUGUGAUGUUUGCAAAGAUGAUGUUCAGUAUACUCUUCUUCAGUUAACAAGACAUUUUACUAUGAGACACUGUGUAAAUGGACAUUUCCGUUGUGAAAAGUGCAAGUUUUCUACGAAGGAUGUAGGAACAUUUGUACAGCACAUACACCGCCACAGUGAAAUCCAGUAUAGAUGUGGUAAAUGUCAACAUGUAAGCUAUACAAAAGGUGAAUUUCAGAAGCACCUACUGGUUCAUACUGGAUCUUUUCCAUUUAAUUGUCAGUUUUGCGAUUAUGGGGCAACACGUAAAGAUUAUGUUAUAAAGCACAUAUAUUCUUUGCACAGUGAUCAGUUUGAGCAAUCGCCUAAUUAUCUUCAAAAAGAGGAUGUGGCUAAAUGUGCACUAAAUAACUCUGCGGGCCUGAAAUAUAUGUUGAAGAGAAGCUCAAAUGUACCAUUGAAUGAGGUGCUGUGGCAGACCAAAGAUCCUCAGGAUAUAUCUGGAAAUGAUGUGGCUGGAGAGUGUGAAAGGUUAAAUAUACCUAAAAUCUCUGCACGUGAAACUCCUCCAUUUUUGGGUAGAAUUGCAAAUGGUGAAAAAGGAAGGACUGCAUCCUCUUGUACAGUAAAGAAAGAACCACCAAAUGCUUCAGACUGUGUUCUCUCUCAAAUUACAAUGGAAAGCACUCAGAAUCAUAAUUCAGGCUUACUAAAGUCUAACAUCAAUGGAUCAUCUGUGUUGUAUUUGAAAAACAAAAUAUCAGUUCCUCCUAAUUGUACCACUAAGUUCAUGGGAUUCAAGAUGGUUGGUGGAAAAAAACAUCUAGUGCUAAAAAUAGUUCCAGUAGCCAAGGCAGAACAUUCAACACCCUCACUACAGUCGUCUUCCAUUUCAGGUGAAUCUGAAAGUGAUUUACUAACUAGAACACAUGAGGAUACAGGUGGAGUUAUGACUAAAGGGGUUCCACAGGAGCACAGCAGUCAGCAGCUGGGAAGAAACUAUUCAUUGGGCAAGAUUCAUAGAGUUCGUGGUGACCUGAAUCUAAAUACAGUAAAAGAACCAAGUACUAUGUUCCACAAAAUCAAGAGUGAACCCUGUACUCCGGCAGUAUCAUUAACAGAGUCUGUUCCUAGACUUAGCCAUACAGUUACAGAAUUGUCAGAUAUGACCGCUCAUUCGUCAGGCGCUUCACGGUUUAAUAAAAUCAUGGUGAAGCAAGAAAAAAAUGAUUUACACAUGUUUCCUGAUUGGCAGCAGUCUGGAAAUGUUUCAAUAACUGUUGAAAACAUGGAUGAAGAUUCAUGUUUACCGAACCCAGAAAGCAGGCAAGUAUUUAGCUUUCAUAAUUACUCCAAGGAUACAGCACUUAACCGCGGUCUAUCACUGCAUCCAGAAUCCCUGUUUGGCAUGACAGACCCUUGUAGCAUUCUGGUAUCUGAAACCAUACAUACAGGAGGUACAAGCCCAGGACGGUCAGCUGUGUGCCCUGACUUGCAUGUCAAAAAGUAUAGUCAGCAUUUCUCAGGCCACAAACAUCCUGAAGCUUAUGAGGUGUCAGAGAAUGAAGAAGUAGAAGAAAUUAAUCAUGUAGCAUCACAGUUAAAUUCGGGACAGUAUGUUGAACCUUCAGAUGAAAUGUGUUCUCAUGAUAAUUUCCCCUUAAUGCCCAAAAUUACAUCUGUAUUUUCUUUAAAAAAUGAAUGUGACUCGGAAGGUUCAGAUUUGGAUGUCAGCCAAAUAGUAGAGAGGGUUAUUGAAAAGGAAAGGAAGAAAUCAUUAAUGCCUGAUGUUAACAAGAAGGGUUGUAUGUAUUCUGAGACGAGGAAAGGCUCUGUUGCAACAUCUGCUUCAUUGGACCAAAUUUUAGGAAAGCAUUCAAAUGCAAUAAUACAUCAACAGUUGGAAAAGGAACACGGGAGACCUAGUGGAUCUGUCGAACUGAUUCAGUCAUUGAAUUUGCCUGAAAGAAAACACAUUUUACUUCAUCCUUCUUCAAAUGGGUCAAGUAUUCCCUUUCAGUUUGGAAACCACUCAGGAUUCAAGUUAAUUCGCGGGACCUCACGUUCUCAAGUAAAUGAAAGUGAAAAACCUGAAAGCUCCCCUGGAUUAAAGUUGACACUCAAUAAUGGAAGAUUACAGGCUUUUUCUUCAGUCAAAAGUGAAAAUAAGUCUGAGUCUAUAAGUGGUAACACACUGCAAGGUGCUGGGAAAAGGAUGUUUCCUUCAAGACUGCAAAAAAGUUCUGGCACAGGACACAUUUUGCUGAAUGGUAAACCACUUAAAGGUUCACUUGUCGUUUCUAAGUCGGUACCAUCACUUUGCACUGAAACAGCUUCAAAAGUGCCAACAUGUUUUCUGGUGAAGCCACAGGUGUCCACAGGAACAGCUGCAGUAGUGAAGGGUUGUUCAUCCAACAAACAACAAGCAUUUUUGUUAAAGUGUUUAACUCCCAUUAAAUCAAAUUUACUCCAAAACAGUCAAGCUACAGGACUGAUGAUCAAUCGGGAACCCUCUACGCAAGAAAGUGGGAGCAGUGCACAGAAAGUUUUGUUGAAAAUUGUUAGAAGCACCGCUAAACCUAACUCGGUCUGUGGUAGAGGAGAACCAUUGAGGAGAGGAGCAUCAGUGCUGACUGCUGACAUGUCGCAUGCUGUUCUUCAAACUGUAACCCAAGCAAAUAGGUCAGUAGUUAUGGCAGCAGAUACUUUAGCAGCUUCUAGUAUGCUGAUGUCUCAAAACCAAAGUUCAACUGAACAUCUCCCUCCAAACAGCAGGGCUUCUAAGCCUUUGGUGAGUACUGUAGGUGUCCCACUUAAAUACUCUCUACGUGCAAAUGCACAGAACAAAGAGAAACAUAUACCUGCAAUAAUGAACUCAGUAAGUAAACGUUCAGAUAGUCAAAGACUUGAUUCUGCUUCACUAUUGACUGCCAGGAGGAAGAGGCAAAAGAAGCUUGGAACUGCAGAGAAUAUUCAGGAGCACCCAAAGGCAAAAAAAAUAUUAAACAAAAAUGUGAAUGAAAGCGAUGAGGUUCUUAGUCACGAAGUCGGGCAAACAUUGGCACCAAAGGACGUUGUUAGGACACUGAGGCUUGUGCCUUUUAAUCGAACACAGGUAAUAAAGUGCCCUCGACGAAAUCAGCCCGUGGUAGUGCUCAAUCAUCCCGAUGCAGAUCCUCCUGAAAUUGUUAAUGUUAUGAAGACAGUAAGCAAGUUUAAAGGCCAUGUUUUAAAAGUGGCUUUGUCACAAAGAACAAUAGCAGCACUUUCUGAGGCAGAGCGUAACUUUUCCCUCAGCUUAACUUCUCAGGAUUACCAGACAAUUCGAGGGCACAAGAUUAAGGCAAUAAGCCCCGUGAAAGAGAGGUUUGUUUUGAAACUGAAACUGAAGAAGACUAGCAGGAACAAAUACAAGGUUGUGAACUCUACCUCUGUCAGUAAUGUCACAUCUACAUUCAGCUGCUGGUUUUGUGGUCGACUCUUUGACAACCAGGAGCAGUGGAUAGGACACGGCCAGCGGCAUCUCAUGGAAGCAACAAGAGACUGGAACCUGUUACUCUGAGUGUGUAGGCAUACGUCCGGAGCGUUGCAAGGUGGCAGAGUAACUGAUGCCGACAGUUUUGUUGCUGAUCUGUAGUCCCUAUAGCAUUCCAGAAGCCAUUCUAAAUGGAGGUUUGUGAACGUGAGAAGCUCAGGCGAUGAACAGCAGCAAAUGAUUUUGUAAUCACUUAACUCCAUUCAGUAGGUCGAAUGACAAAGUGAACACGUUUAGUUAUCUAUGCAGAUUGUGUUUCACUUUUUGUAUUUGAUUUUUGUGUUUAAAUUAUUUAGUAAUUUGUAAAUGAUUUGAAAAGGCCCUUAUUGGAUCAUAAACGGUCCAGUGAUUUCUGAUGUAUUUCAUAAUAUUUAUAAAUUAGAAUGAAGGGAAAUGAGCGUGUGUGAUGCGUAAUGGUUGCGUGUGAACUUUGUAUAAUUGACCCUCUGCAGAUGUGUAACUCAGGUAACUUUUUUCUGUCCUUGAUUAAAAAAUAUAUAUCGUAUUGUUUUGUUGAAGUUAGUUGUAUUUGUUUCUGUGCUAAAUUGCUUUGAAUUAAUUGGUUUGUUUUUUUUCCCCCCAUUUUACCAAGAGUCGUGAAUGAUUCUCGAGUUAGCCUGAGCUAUUAGCCAACCCUUCAGUAAGCAGUCAGUGGUGGCAGCAGCAACAACCAGUGUAGCCGAACAGCUCUGUGUAAGAACGGACCUUUGGUGCAUUUGUAUUUAUUUAUGUCAGAAUUCCCUCACGUCAAUCAUUUUUGAAGUUCAUUUUGAUAGUUUUUGUUAUUCCUUGUUGUGCAUCUUACAAAAACUUGGCCCGGUAUAACAACUUUACUAAGGGACUUGUUUGUCCUUAGGUUUGCAAAAAAAGUGUAAAUUAUUAUUCAUGUAUUAAAUGCUGUAGUUUUACAGGACACAUCUCAGAAAUAGUAAAAACUGUGUCUAAUCUGUCAUACGGGUAAUUGAAAUAAUGCUGUAUUUUGGAGGUUAUUUCGGUUAAAUUAUGAGUUGGAUUUCUCUUAAACCUGUGUGUGAAGAUAGAAAUUAUUUUGUAAACUUUUGACACUGUUUGGUUUAAUAUUGUACAGUUUUUCAUACAUGUUUUUACUCAUAAAUGUCAGGGAGGAAAAAUAAAUUGUCAGUUAUUGUUUUGUUAGUGUUGCAGUUUAUCAGCUUUUGCUAGUUCUCUUAAAAAGCUGUAGCUUGGGUUUGCUUCACCAGCUGCCUUGGACUUUUUCCACACAGAAAAUGAAAUUUUGGUACAUUUCUGUGGAAGUAUUUUUUUUUACUGUGACCUACACAAUCUACUCAGUGCUUGGACUGAAAUAAUAAUCCUGAGUACUCUCAAGUAGCAGGCAUUACCCAGAUAGCCGAGUAGGAGCAAGUGGCCCAAUUGUACUUAAACUGUGGGUCUUGUUGAGGCCUAACAGCCAACUCGUGUAUUAAAAGUAACUUAAUGCAAUGGCCGGAGAACAGAGUGCAGAGGGUCGGAAUGGGUUGGGGUUGUAAAGAAUAAUAUAGCUGAGAUCUUGAACAUCCACGUUUCAUGUAGGUGAGUUGGACACCAAGAACUGGCAGUUUAGGCCAAGCUGUCCCCCUCUGCAGAGAGAAGGCCUACGAAAUCCUCUAAUAGGCCGUCUGGGGUUGGGGACCGACGUGGGCCAAACUGCUUGGCUGCUCCACUAGCUCAGGUACCAUUAAAAACGUGCAGAGCCAAAUCUGAGACAGCUUACGCUUCCAGAUACCAUCCUUACUCUGAUGUGCAGAGAUGGUCGUCAUGGACAUGCUGUUAUUAUGACAGCCUAAGUUGUUAAAAGCAAAUGGCGUAAACCGUGGGGGUGCCUGUUUCAGUCAGCGGAUGGCCUGUGCUGGAGUGGGCGGAGGUGGAUGGUGGGUAAUGCUAGACACCCUUGGACCCCCUUGGAUGAGGCUUGAGCUGCCCAGGGUGGUUCAGACGUGAAUGUUAAAUUGGUCACUGCAUUAAGCAGGAGUUCUUGGAGAGCUUCAGUCAGAAUCAUCGUAUUAGUCUGCUUGGAGUGUGGAGUCGGUUGUGUAACAAAACUGUGAAAAAGUCCAAGGAAUUUCUAUAGGCAGGCAGCCUACAAGCUACAGCAGUAUACCUUUUACUAGACUGCAUCAGUGCAAAUCUUUUCUACAAAAUGUUUCAAUUAAAAAAAAAAAAACAAAAAACAAAACUUUAAAUGGAAAACACUAGUUUUGACUGCAGUACAUAAAAAGUGAUAUUUUUAUAAUCAUUCCAAGAAAGUGCCUAGAAUGUCAUGUUACAGGUUUCUUUGGAAUUGUAUUUUCAGACAGACCCUUUGAAUUUAUAUAUUGUAUAUUGUGAAUUGUAAUAAAUGUAAAUAGAUUUAUAUUUGUAUUUU